AUGGUCCUUUUUUCAAUGACCAACAAAACUUCAUCGGUGUUUCCAGAUAGUCUAACAGCCUUGAGUUUUGAUACAGUUCUUUAUCCAACUACUUCAACUCAAAUAAGUUAUUCUAGUUCGAGUGGAUCGGCAACUGAAGAAAUUACCAGUCAUUCCUUUUCGUCUACAACUGAUAUUAUAUCGGAAAGCAAUACAAGCUUGGCAUUAGAUUCAAAUUUAUACCGCACAUCUUCAGGUGACUCAAGCAUAAAUGCAUUCCAAAAUUCAUCUGCUACAGAUUUAGAAACACAUUUUACAACAUCGCCUAUUCACAAUCUAACCAUAAGUUCACAUGUAUCUAGUGAUACAUCGACGGUAGCCGGUUUAGUUUCCUCCUCUUCAAUUGAGUCGUUUAAUCAAACUACGUCAAAGUCAUUUAACCACAUUACUACAAUAACGCCAUCUAUUUACGUACAAAGUUUCAGACAUGCAACCACUUCCAAAUUAAGUUCAUCUACACCAUCAACUCUAAUUUCCACUAUUAGUUCAACCUCGGUUUAUCCUUCAAGCUCUUAUAGUUCAGAAUAUUCAAAUUAUUCCACGGCGAGCCCUGCAUCAAUAUCCAGAUAUUCUUUAUGGUCUUCAGAUUUAGAGAGUUCCACUUUAUUUACCUCAACUGCAUCUUCAUCAAAUUCGGAAUAUUCAAUCUCUACAAAUUCGUCUAAAUUAUAUCUAAUAUACACGCAAACCUACGUGGUUACGGGUAGUUCAAUUGCUUUUACAACCGACAUUUUAAUGACAACAAGGAUUAAUCCUACAAAAUUUCAACAAAAUGGUACUCCAACCUACACAUACGGUAGUAACACCAUAACCACUAACUUGGCAUACUAUAAUAACUUAGUUACUGGAAAAACAACAUCAACAUCUUCAAAAAAUGGGAAAAUAGCUGGAGGUGUAAUUGGUGCGUUACUAGGGUUUAUCAUUAUCUGCAUUGUAACUUUAGUUAAUUUCAGACGUAAAUCAAAUAAAUCAAAUCAAUUAUUUCUAAACAAGAACAAUAAAAGAACCAAGAUGUAUCACACAAAUGGAAGAAAAGUAAAUUAUGAUGAAGAAAUGGUCAACAAUAAUUAUGAAAUUCCAAGAGACGUUCCAGAGGAUGUAUCAAAUCCUUUCACCGAUAAGACGAGGACCAUCGCAACAUCACCAUCGACUCAUGCAUUCCAAAAGGAAUUUAAUUUUGAAAAUAGAAAAGCUCCUGAAAUCCCUCGGCCAAGAAAGAUAUUCAACGAUGACAUUGUGAUAAAUGACCAUGAUAUAAACGGAAACGUACAAUUCCCAAGUUCUGUGCCUUUCGCGGAUAAUAAUACCAACUCAAACAUAGUACGAAUAUCGUCUACAGACAGUUCAAUUCAAUCUUCCGAUUUAUCUAGCUCCGAUAUUACUGGAUCCACUAUUACAAUUGAUCCAUUUGUUAGUAGCGCACCUCAUUAUCCCGGCAACCACUCCAAUUCUAUAAACGAUGAUGGAUAUUUAAAAGAGAUUUUUUAA